GUUGGCUCCCCUGCAGCAUCAAAACAAACCGACUUGACAGCUGACGUUUACAAAAUUUGAAUUUAAUUUUCUUUAUUUGGCAUUUUAGUCCAGUUUUUGCCUUAAAAUUAAUUUUGACCGACAAAACAUGGUUAUGGACUCCUCAAGCAUACUUUGAGGUUAUGUCCCUCAACCGUCGAAAUGUCCAUCAAUGUAACUGUCUCCGGCAACCCCGUGCGUAUAAAUCGCGGUAAAAUGGUGACUUCUUACGACCCCGUGAAAACUGAAUUCGAAAAACGCCGUUUGAUGCGUCUUGAACARGUCCGUCAACAAUCAAAAGAUAUCGCUGAAACUGUCCGCAAUAAACUAAAGAAAGAGAAAACCAAGCAGUUGUCACAAAUUGAGAAAGAUGGAGAUGUCAGGUUAAAAAACUGGCAAGCGCGAAAGUUGCUAGAGUUGCAAAAUCAGUACCAAGAGGCGCUUGAUGAGAUCGGGCUGGGACACAAGGAGGCGGCGAGGGUUGCUGAUGAAGAAGAGGCGUUUUUAGAAGAUGAAGAGAUCUGGGAAAGAGUUGCGGAAGAGCGGGGACGGGAAGCGGCUCAAAAGUUGCAAAUUGAGCGAAAUGAGGAAAGUUUGAAAAGGGCUGUGCCUGUUCAGAGGAAGAAAUUAGCGCGAGAUGAAGAAAAUAGUCGGUCAAAUGCUGUUGUGAGAAAGACAAAACAGAAGAAAAGUCCCUUCAAGAAAAAAAAGAUACAAGUGUUUGAUUCUGACAGUGAGAAUCGGGUGCCGCUGUUGGAGGGAUUGGGAGAGGAUUCUGAUUGGAAUUCGGAUUUGGGGGCGACUAGGAGGGUUACUGGUCCACGGAAAGUGGCCACGGAGGCACAAACAAGUCCCACAAUUUUUGAAGUUCCGACAAGCGAUAAAGCUGCACAAACGAACAUUUAUGAAGGUACUUUUCCGAGCACAUCCGAAUUUCCCCACGAUACUCGAAUUUCCGAACGAAUAAAACGCCGAGUGAUUCCUAAACCAGAAACGGAUUAUUGUAAUUUUGCUGAAAAGGAAGUUUCCAGAGAAAUUGGUUUAUGUCCGUGCUGUUUGUGUCAUGGGAAACACUUUCACGGGGUUGAACCGGUAACAAUGGACAAUUCACCCGAGGUUCGGGCUCCAUCGGCAAUGUCCGUGAGACAUGAAAGAAAAUCGGAAAAGGGCCAACCGUACACACAACCUCAGAACUUGGACGAUGUAGUUGCAACUACGAUCCCUCAAAAAACGAACACCACGAACAGAGAGGAUGCUAACUUGAAGCCUAAUGAUAGUAGUUUGAGGCAAACACAGCGUAUACCGCAAAGGCCCGAUCAGGUGAUUAAACCUAAACCAGACAUUCCGUCAAAACCUAAGGUUACUUUGAAAUCGACUAAAAACCGUCCAAGUAAUUUUGGAGGUGGCCCAAGUCCUCAAAAAGUGCAAUUCUACGACCAUCCAAACCGUUACACAAAGUUCUACCUCCCGAAAUCUUCACAAGUGGAAAAAAUCGAGGACGAAAAUCUCGUAAUUUCACCAAAUGUCUUGAGUGAGGAAGAAAUGUACGAAAAGAUGCGUCAGAGAGACCGCGAGGCCCACCUCAGAGGUCAAGUUGCUUUAGAAAAGGAGCGAAUCCAAAGAGAGUAUCGCGACUUGAUGAAAAAACUCCCAGUUUUACAAAAACAAGAACGCAUUGCAGAGAUCGGUCUCGAUAAAGAGAAGUAUCAUAUGUCGGGGGUUCGAUUGGAAGAAUUAGAAAAAAAGAGACAAAACAGGCUUGAUAACGCUUAUGAAGAGUUACUAGUGCGUCACAAGCCGGCUACUGUGACCCUCCCGCGAAAAAAUGACGAUCGGGGAGAAAAUCAAAGUUUAAAUCUAGCCUGGGAUGUCGAUUUCGAGCCCAAAGAUUCGACCAAUCUCAACCGUACCGAACAAUUGAGUCAUUUAUUAUCCACCCUGAAGUCGCAAAAGAGUCAUUUACUCAAAGAAAUUGAAAAUACCCUUUCGAAAGAGAGCUCGAGUCAGUUCGACGAAAUCAAGUCGAAAUCGACAGAUUAUCCUCGACGGAAACGAAGUCGAGACGAACGCCCAAUUUCCCCCACCAUCAGUGAUGUAAUCCCUGAAGAGGAAUCCACAACAGUCAAAACGAAGCCGAGUCGAAAAAGCACCGCUGUUGUCCCCAGUCCGCGCAAAAAACGCAAAACUUCGCGGAAAGUCCUCGUAAGACAAAACAGUAGUACCCAAACUAGCCCAAAGUCAGGCCGAAGUGUAGCAACUUCGCCUCACGUGAACACCCCAGUCGAAGAUACAUGCAAAUGUCCGAAGAAAGACAGUUCGGAGGAAAUCUGCGAAGUGGUGAUCAAAAUCAAAGACGGGGAAAAGCCGGAAGUCGUAGUACAGCCGCCGUUUACAGAGAAGAGUGUCAAAGUGAUUUCGGAAGUUGAGGAGAGAAAAGACGCUGAAAGGCCAGCAUCGUGGCGCGAGGAAUUGACUAGGACUGCGUCGAGUUCGAGCACUUCAUAUUUAGAGCCCCCACAAUCUGGGCGGAGCGACAAAUCAUCCGUUUUGAAAAAAGUCGGAGAGAUGUCGAGGACUAUGGACAGUACUGUUUCCAGCGGAGCGAGUGCGAAACAACUCGAUCCCAGACUUUUGGUUUACAUUAAAAAACUGUUGAAUAUGUCGAGGGCUAGUAUUGAUGAUUUGACAGUCAGUACAGCGAGUGAUGUGUCCACACCGAGUCAUAGUGUGGUUGAAAUGCCGAGUAACAAUCCACUUUUGAAACUCUUAAACGUGAUGAGGUACUACAAUUUGGAUGUUGCAGACUUGCAAAAACAAUUGAGUUACGAAACUGACGAGAGUGGUAGACAUUACAACACUAGUGAGAGUAUUGCUGUUACAUCAAGUACCUCCGAGGGUGACAAGUCUGUACAAUUUAAAUCUUGUACUCAGUUAGACUCAAGUACUAAAGUCGAAGGAAGGAAAAUACAAGACUAUGCCAAUAUGGCGGCAUCAUGUACGAAAAAAAUUUCCAGCUUGACAGCAAUGAUUGAGAAGGUGCGUGCCGAUAAGAAGAAAAUGAUGAGUUCUGGAAGUAGUGGCAGUGAUAAGGACUUAACCCUCACUUCAUAUUUGCAAUUACCGGACAAGAGCGGUGAAAAAGAUAGUCCGAAACAAGAAGAUAUUGAUGCUAAACUGCUAGAUAUCGACUAUAAUUAUGCCGAAAAAUUGAAACAGUUGAGUAAAGARGAACUGGAGGUUGAGAAACAGAAAGUCGAAGUGAAAGAACCGACAGAUGAGGAGCUUUUAACUCGAUUGAAACGGCUGUUACAAGAUAGUAAACAAAAUAACAAAAAUAAACACCACACUUGUUCCUUAGAAAGCACCAAGGAAUUUUUACAAAAAAUAGACGACACUUGUGUUAAACUCCUCAAUGAAAAAAAGCUAGUUAAAGAUGAACAAGAGGGCAAGACUGCCGGUCAAGUGUCCGAAAAAACAUCAGUUAGCCUUAAAGAUGACAAAACACCCUCCACGUCAUUUCCCCUCCUUUUAGACAUUCCGAAACUCCCCCGUCUCGAGGCACCAUCCCUGGAAAAGAAACGGAAAAAGCGUCCCCCGCCUACUAAAUCCUUGCGGCCGAUUCCCGAACCUGUCGUUCCACACGAACUGUCGACUAUAAUCGAAGCCGACAGUCAACUGUCGGCCAAAGCCGAAAGUCCUAUCAAACCUAAGCGGAGCAAAAGUCCCAAAGGGAGGCCCAGUUCUGCUGGUUCCAAAUCUGGUGAAGUCCCCGAUAUUUUAACCGAAGUUGUCAAAGAUAAGUCGUCAAAUUCAAGUGACUUUUCCGAAAUGGAAACAAUGGAGACGAUGUUGAUGAGUAUCGGAAUGGAAUGGGCGAUUCCUACAUUGAAGAAAACGCGAGAAGCGUUAGCACUGACGUCGAGUUCGAGCGGCUCGAAAGAGAGUGGGGAAUUGAGCUUAAGGGAAUUUUUGAGUAAGAUUUCGAGUAGUUCGGAUGUUAUGUCGAUGAGUGAUUCACAAGGGAUGUCGUUGAUUCAUGAUGAUAAUAGGAUGACGUCGACGCCGAUUGCGGGGUAUGGGGAGAAGAAAGAGGGCCAGCCGAUUUUUUUGACUGACUCGGAUCUUAGUUCGGUUAAGGAGCAUUCAGGUAGGACGAAGGAUGUGGAACAAAGGUUUUUCGAAGUAAUGGAACAGUCGGGAAAGAAGGACUGAAAUAAGAUAUUGGAUCAUCAUCAUGAUUUUUCUAUUUGUAAAUUUAGUUUUUUAAUAAAGUUGUUUUUACUAAACGAAUACGAAA